AUGAACGAUGUUGUGAAGAGUCCGUUCGCAAUGAAUGAUGGACGAUUUUUUAGAGAGAUGGUGGAUUACUCCAGCGCCCAACCGACGAAGCGAGCAUUCGAUCGUGUAGAAAGCAAUGACUUCGGCUUGUUCAAGCGCGCUCCUGCCAAACGUGCAUUCGACAGACUUGACAUGGCCGACUUUGGCUUCCGAAAGAAGCGCGCCUUCGACAGAAUAGCCCGUGCUGAGUUCGGCUUCGAGGGUCUUCGUAAGAAACGGGCGUUCGACCGGUUGUCAAUCGCCGACUUCGGUUUGCGAAAGAAACGUGUGUUUGAUCGCCUCAGCGCCACUGAAUUCGGUCUCAUAAAGAGGUCCAUGGAGUCGUACCCAACACGAGAUGAAGUCAUCGACGACCUGACAGCGUCAAUCAUGUGGCUUCGUGACAAUGUGCCGCAGUCGGCCACGAAGCUCGUUUCUGUGUCGGCCGACGAGCAAAGGAAGUAG